GCCGCGCCGGGCAGGCCGGACAUGGAGGUGGUGGACGAGACGGAGGCGCUGCAGCGCUUCUUCGAAGGCCACGACAUCAACGGUGCCCUGGAGCCCUCCAACAUCGACACCAGCAUCCUGGAGGAGUACAUCGGCAAGGAGGAUGCCUCUGACCUCUGCUUCCCAGACAUCUCUGCUCCAGCCAGCGCCGGUGCCUACCCCCAUGGGCAGUCGGCGAUGCCCGGCGCCAGUGGGGUCCACCACCUGAGCCCCCCCGGGGGUGGCCUCUCCCCAGGGCGCCAUGGGCCCCUCCCACCCCCAAGCUACGGUGCCCCGCUCAACUGCAACAACAACAACGGCCUGGGUGCCGGCCCCAAGCCCUUCCUCGGGGGCUCCGGGCCCCCCAUCAAGGCAGAGCCCAAGGCUCCCUACGCCCCAGGCACCCUGCCAGACUCUCCCCCAGACUCGGGCUCUGAGGCCUACUCCCCCCAGCCAGACCCCCAUCUCCUGCGGACGAUAACCCCCGAGACCCUGUGCCAUGUGGGAGUGCCCUCCCGCCUGGAGCACCCACCCCCACCUCCAGCUCACCUGCCAGGCCCCCCGCCACCCCCGCCACCUCCACCUCACUACCCUGUCCUGCAGCGGGACCUGUACAUGAAGGCUGAACCCCCGAUCCCCCCGUAUGCUGCCAUGGGGCAGGGGCUGGUGCCCACGGAUCUCCACCACCCCCAGCAGUCCCAGGUGCUGCACCAGCUGCUGCAGCAGCAUGGAGCUGAGCUCCCCACCCACCCCUCCAAGAAGAGGAAACACUCUGAAUCGCCUCCCAACACCCUCAAUGCCCAGAUGCUGAAUGGGAUGAUCAAGCAGGAGCCUGGCACUGUGACAGCCCUGCCCCCGCACCCCGCAAGAGCCCCGUCCCCACCUUGGCCUCCCCAGGGUCCGCUUUCACCUGGCCCUGGCUCCUUGCCCCUCAGCAUCGCCCGGGUCCAGACUCCACCUUGGCACCCACCGGGUGCACCCUCACCAGGUCUUCUGCAGGACAAUGACAGCCUCAGUGGCUCUUACCUGGACCCCAACUACCAGUCCAUCAAGUGGCAACCGCAUCAGCAGAACAAAUGGGCAACAUUGUAUGAUGCCAACUACAAGGAGCUGCCUAUGCUCACGUACCGCGUGGAUGCUGACAAGGGCUUCAACUUCUCGGUGGGCGACGAUGCCUUUGUGUGUCAGAAGAAGAACCACUUCCAGGUUACGGUGUACAUAGGCAUGCUGGGGGAACCCAAGUACGUCAAGACGCCCGAAGGCCUCAAGCCCCUCGACUGCUUCUACCUGAAGCUGCACGGCGUCAAGCUGGAGGCCCUGAACCAGUCCAUCAACAUUGAGCAGUCGCAGUCAGACCGCAGCAAGCGGCCCUUCAACCCUGUCACGGUCACUCUGCCCCCUGAGCAGGUCACGAAGGUGACUGUGGGGCGGCUGCACUUCAGCGAGACCACGGCCAACAACAUGCGCAAGAAAGGCAAGCCCAACCCUGACCAGAGGUACUUCAUGCUGGUGGUGGCUCUCCAGGCCCACGCACAGAAUCAGAACUACACGCUGGCUGCCCAGAUCUCAGAACGCAUCAUCGUGCGGGCCUCCAACCCAGGCCAAUUUGAGAGCGACAGCGACGUGCUAUGGCAGCGGGCGCAAGUGCCCGACACCGUCUUCCACCACGGCCGCGUGGGCAUCAACACCGAUCGUCCCGACGAGGCGCUGGUUGUACACGGCAAUGUCAAGGUCAUGGGCUCCCUCAUGCACCCAUCAGACCUGCGCGCCAAGGAGCACGUGCAGGAGGUGGACACCACCGAGCAGCUGAAGAGAAUCUCGCGUAUGCGCCUGGUGCACUACAGAUACAAGCCCGAGUUCGCUGCCAGCGCGGGCAUCGAGGCCACCGCGCCUGAGACGGGCGUCAUCGCCCAGGAGGUGAAGGAGAUUCUGCCCGAGGCCGUGAAGGACACGGGGGACAUGGUCUUCGCCAACGGAAACACCAUAGAGAACUUCUUGGUCGUGAACAAGGAGCGCAUCUUCAUGGAGAACGUGGGUGCUGUGAAGGAGCUGUGCAAGCUGACGGACAACCUGGAGACGCGCAUCGACGAGCUGGAGCGCUGGAGCCACAAGCUGGCCAAACUGCGGCGGCUUGACAGCCUCAAGUCCACUGGCAGCUCGGGCGCCUUCAGCCAUGCAGGGAGUCAGUUCAGCCGGGCAGGCAGUGUCCCCCACAAGAAGAGGCCUCCCAAGGUGGCCAGCAAGUCAUCGUCCAUGGUCCCAGACCAGGCCUGCAUCAGCCAGCGCUUUCUGCAAGGAACCAUCAUUGCUCUGGUGGUGGUCAUGGCCUUCAGCGUGGUAUCCAUGUCCACACUGUACGUGCUGAGCCUGCGCACCGAGGAGGACCUGGUAGAUACUGAUGGCUCUUUUGCCGUGUCUACUUCCUGUCUCCUGGCCCUGCUCCGGCCCCAGCACCCUGGGGGGAGUGAGGCCAUGUGCCCAUGGUCCAGCCAGAGCUUUGGGACCACUCAGCUCCGACAGUCCCCCGUGACCACUGGGCUACCACCAGACGUGCCCUCUUUGUUGCUGGUUACCACGGGCCUGACCAGCUCCACCCCAGGACCCACCAUCCGUACCCUGGACCUGUGCUCCAGCCACCCCUGCCCUGUCGUCUGCUGCUCCUCACCCACCCCCAGCCCUCCCAUACACCCUAGUCUCGGCCCCAGCUUUAACCCUGGCCAUGGCCUCAGCCCCAGUCCCAGCCCCACCACCAACCAUUCAGGCCCUAGCCAGGUGGCCCUGCUGCCCGUCACCAACAUCAGAGCCAAGUCCUGGGGCCUUUCAGCCAAUGGCAUUGGCCAUUCCAAGCAUCCCAAGAGUGUGGAGCCUGUGGCCAGCCCUGCCGUCCCCUUCCCUGGGAGCCAGGGCAAAGCCAAGAACAGCCCCAGUCUUGAUUUCCAUGGUCGGGCCCGCCGAGGGGCUCCCGAGCCCAGCCUGGGUCCUGCCCAGCCCACUCGGGCCCAGGGCCAGCCAGACCCAGUGCCUUCCCUGACCUCCAUCCAGGUGCUGGAGAAUUCGAUGCCCAUCACUUCCCAGUACUGUGCUCCAGGGGACGCGUGCAGGCCUGGAAACUUCACCUACCACAUCCCCAUCAGCAGCAGCACCCCGCUGCACCUCAGCCUGACCCUGCAGAUGAACUCCUCCUCCCCCGUGUCUGUGGUGCUGUGCAGCCUGACGUCAAAGGAGGAGCCCUGCGAUGAGGGGGGCUUCCUGGAGAGUCUCCACUCCCACCAGGAUACCCAGGGCACCUCACACCAGUGGCCAGUAACCAUCCUGUCCUUCCGUGAAUUCACCUACCACUUCCGGGUGGCACUGCUGGGUCAGGCCAACUGCAGCUCGGAGGCCCUCGUCCAGCCAGCCACAGACUACUACUUCCACUUCUACCGCCUGUGUGAUUGAGCUGUCCUCCAGGGGCAGCACCAUGCCAGGGACCAGGGGUCCUGGGCACCCCUCCCACACUGGAUGCAAUGGUGUUACACUGGAGCCUGCUGCUGGCCAGCUCUCUGCUGCUCACUGGCCCUCCGGGACUAGUGAAACUGGAAGUCCUCACACUGGAGUUGCUGUUCCUGCUGUCAUCCCUCACCCAGCACAGAGGGAGCCGGAGAGACUUCCUGGGCCAGGACAGGGCCCAGUCACGUCUGUCUAGUACAGUGGUUGCAGGGCUGGCUUUAGAUGUCCUGGAGGCAAGGGGAAGCCUGUGACCCUAAUUUGUCCAGAGCCCACCCUCCCCUGCCUUCCCUUUUGAGACCGGGAGCUACCCCUCUUGGAGAGGACCUACCUACUUUUGAGAUCAGCCAGGGGCUGGGAUCCAGCCCUGAGACUUGGCUGGGACACCCAUAGGUGAAGGGGGGCCAGACAGCUCUCAGCCUCAAAGCUGCUCCCUGGGGGAUGGCUUGGCAGUGGACUUUUUGGGGUUUGACUGUUACGCUGGACUUGGACUUCUAAGCUUCAAGUGUGGCCCAGGAGGUGUCUUCCUGGGAGAGCUUGGCAGCCAAGCCCAGCCCCGGACAGGUUGGAGAGAGACUUCUGUGCCUUACGUCUACUCAGUGCCUGACGAAGCUGUCCGCAGGUCUGAGCCAGAGGGGUCGGUAGGCCAGGUAAGCCUUGGACCCUUGAACCUGGGGUAUACUGGAAGGGGAAGUUCCACGUGAUCCCCCAGAUGGCCUGUGCUCAUGGGAGCUUCCAGAACAGUGGUGUCAGCGGCCCCAUCGUCCGAGCAGAGGAGCAGGCAUCCCUGCAGGCAGCAGGCUGGGCUUGGCUGGUGGGCGGAUGCAAAAGCUCUUGCUGUUGUUAAUGAAGUGAUUACUAAAUGCACUUAAGCCAGGGCAGGAAGGAGCAGAAGCAUGGAGCUGGAAAGCCCAGAGUGGGUCACAGCCCUGGGGUGACACUAGCUAAGAUAGGGCCUGGGCUCAGAGCCUGAGACACCCAUGUCACUCCCAACUGCCAACGCCGGUCUCUCCACUCUGUCUUCUGGUGGCCUUGUCUCUCCACAUCAAAGGCUCACUUGCUGCACUUGGGAGCUAAGCUGGAGGGACACCUGCUCGGCAGACCCCAUCUCUGUCCACCCCUUCCAGGAGUGGAGGGGUGGGCUUCGGUUAGGGAAGCUGCUUUAUCCCAAGUGCCAACGUAAUGUUUCCUAGUGGUGCCUAGGGCACUCGGAGGCCACAUCCAAGCCCAUGGAAGGGGUGAGGCAGUCAUUCAGCUGUGUCUGCCAUGGACUCAGAACUAGGAAAGGGAAUUCCGUCCUUGCCCUUGGUAUUCUGCCACCUCUUUGAGAACCAGGCCUUGCCUCCACGCCACCUCUCACUCAUAGCUCUGAAUGGAGACUGUUCUUGAAGAAACCAAUGAACCACAGGCUCCCUUCUGCCGUGGAUCACAAAGCACUUACCCGUGGGACAGGGAAAUACCAGGGCGUGAGGGGACAGCAGGGUUAUCUUGCUUCCGAGCCCACCCCCGUUGGCUCACUCCCUACUUGUGAAAUAGGAAUUGUGUGACUCCACAUGCUGUGCUAGGGGUGGGGGUAGGGGUGGGUUAGGACUCCUCUGCUCUCCCCCCUCCCACUGGAGGGCCCCUCCUUAUAAUGCCUUAAAACUGCCAAGUCCUAUCCUUUGUAAUAGGAAUCUGGGGCUUCUUCAGCGGGGGGAGGUAUAUUCUCGGACUGCGGCCCCUCAGUCUUUAACUGGAAAGUGACCCUCCUCUGCCCUCUGGAGCCCACUUGGACACAGCGUAGCCCUUAUCCUGUUAGCAGCUGGCUCUGUUCUGUGCCUGGUGAGGGGUCCUCAGUACAAGUUGCUGGGACUCCAAGCUGCUUGAGGGGGUCAACCCUGGACCAAAGUUGCCUUCAGCCCGAGGUAAAGGGCUUCAGGGACAGCUAGUGGGCCACCUGCUGGAGGCUGGCUGCCUGGCCCGCCCUGCCCUCCCUGGGUUCAGCAGGCCGUCCCUCCCUUCCCUCCUCUUUGUUUGUUCCUGUAGCCACUGGGCUAAUCUCCCCCUAGCUUCAAGCUGUAUAUAGGGCCUCCCGUGCAAACCCCCACCACACCCUGCCCCUUAGAAGCCUGCAUGUGCAUAGAGCGCCCUCCCAGUUAACCCCCAGUUCCCCUCCCUGAGCUGUGACGCAUAUUUAUCAUGCACCCUCUCUGACUCUGAGGUGGGCAGAGGACAGCAGCCCCAGGUCUGCUCACUUCUGGUCUCCUGAUCGGUUCUCUUCUUCUGGAGUAAAUAUACAUAUAUAAAUAAAUGUAUAAAUGCUGCUUUGUA